UAUACAUUGUCAACUCCGCUCUCUCGUCCGAGGGACUUUCUUCAAAAUUGGAUUUGGGACAAAACUCGCCUCUCGUGUCUAGGCCUUCCUUCGACGUGUGACUUUUUCUCCCUCGGCCAAAGCCGAUUCUCGCCCUUACGAAUUAUGAAAAACGGAAUUAUAUAAAACGCUCCUCUCUGUAACUGUAGGCGCAUGACGUCACCGUGAUUUUUAUUAGUUCACUAUUUCGGUUGAGUCCAUUGUUUUUUUCACAGUUUCUACCUGGAGUCGUUUUCAACAGAUUCUCGUUUAUUAUGACCCAAAAACCGACGGGCAGUGCGGCGAGAACACUAGCACUAGAAUACAAGAGCCUGCAAGAAGAGCCAGUCGAGGGAUUUCGCGUCAAAUUGCUCCACGAAGACACACUCUUCGAAUGGGAAGUCGCGAUAUUCGGACCCCCGGAGACGCUUUACCAGGGUGGAUAUUUUAAGGCGCAUAUGAAAUUUCCUCCUGACUAUCCAUAUUCUCCUCCUAGUAUCCGUUUUCUCACAAAAGUGUGGCAUCCAAAUGUUUAUGAGAAUGGAGACAUUUGCAUUUCCAUUUUACAUCCUCCGGUUGAUGAUCCACAGUCAGGCGAGUUACCUUGUGAAAGGUGGACACCUACCCAGAAUGUCAGAACAAUUUUGUUGUCGGUGAUCUCUUUGCUGAAUGAACCAAACACAUUCAGUCCCGCUAAUGUUGAUGCAUCAGUGAUGUACCGCAGGUGGAGAGAUUCGAAAGGAAAAGAUAAAGAAUACGAAAAUAUAAUAAGAAAACAAGUCUCUGGUGGAAGAGCAGAAGCUGAAAAAGAUGGUGUGGAAAUACCUAUGACACUGGAAGAUUAUUGCAUAAAAACUAGAGUAAGGGCCCCAGAACAAAACAUGGACAUGACAGAUUUUUAUGUAGAUGACUAUCACAUUGAAGAUGAUGAUGAAGAAAUGUCAGAAGAUGACUUUGAAGAUGGUGAUGAUAGUGGAAAUGGAGAAUCAUGAUGGUCGUUUUACAGUCUCACUUUUUAUUCCAUGCCGAAAUUGUUUCAUCAUUUUGAAAGCGUGCUAAUAUUUGUGUUUGUUUUAAAAUUAAUACAUUAAACAAACAGAGUAAGCAUAUAAUGGAAGAAGUACUUCAAUGUUUGCAAUGAAAAACAUUAAAUUAAAUGUCCACUAAGCUGUAAUGGUGGUUGCCUGACAAUGAACUACAUAACACAACAGGUAAUAAUAAUCAUUACAAUCAAUGUAAUUAUUACAAACUCUAAGGCAUUCAGUCUUUUUACAAUUUUAUUUAGUAAGUUAAAGAAAAGGCUGUGAAACAAUUGGAUGAAACUUCUGAGUGAAUUGUAAUAAAGAUUGUUUAUUGAUCAGGCAAUCAUACAACAAAAUAAUAAGGAACAUUUAAAAUUAAAUUCAUUAUUAUGUUAUUUUAUGCCUGUAAUGUUGAGGUUAAAAAAAUAGAGAAGUUCUAUUUGUAUAUAUAUACAUCCAACAAAUGCUUAUGGAUAUGUCAUUAUUUUAAAAGUAAUGUAAACAUACAAACUGUUUAUAGUUAAAUAUCAUUUUUAUUUUGGUCAUUGGCAUAGAACAGUAUUGCAGGCCUCUUACAUAUAUUUAAUAUAACGGCGAUUUCUCUUUCUUAUUUAUUUUCUAUUUUUAAUUGUCAUGGAGUAAUAAAUUAUUGUUUGUGGAAUUCGGAUUCCAUUGGUAAAUUGUUUAUUUUUCAAUAUUUAUUGUUCAUAUAUUAAAAAUCUUAAAAUGUCCAGAUAAAUAUUUCUGAUUUAAUUAUGGUGAUAUUAUUAGGGUUUUUGCAUCAGCACAAUGUAAUUUAUACUGGGAAAAAUGAGACAAAUUGCAGGUAUUAAUUUUUUUUAAUUUUUGUCUGAUUAGACGGCUGCAUAAAUGUGUUAUCCCAAUGACCAGUUUGUUUCAGUUAUAAAAAUUGUAAAGCCUGCAUUUUUUUGUUCUUUU